CUGUCCGCUUGCAUCACACAAACCCAGGAGGAACGAGGCUUGCACACAGGCGAGGUCGUACCGCAGAGGACGAACAACGAACCGGAGUUUGUGAUUCAUCAUAACAACAUGAAGAGGUUUGCCAUCGCAGCCCUCUUGCUAUCGGCGCUUGCCACCCUGACGAGCCCCUGUCUGGGCUUCUGUAUACCCCCAUUCGGCUGGCACUCCAAGAGCCUGGUAGAACGCAUGGAGCUCGGGGAGGCUGAGGUCGUGGUCCUGGCGACCGUAGACGCUACCAGUCCCGCCCAUCCCUACAAGUAUCCCUACACUGCGGACCUGAUCGUGGACUGCGUCUACAAGGAUACCAGCGGGGAGUCCGAGCGCCUGCCGGACUACCUGAAGGAUGUCGAGGGCUUCGGUGGUAGCUGGGACUGCGCCGAGACCAGAGUCGAGGCUGGCACGCAGUACAUUAUCUUCCUGAACCGCCGGGGACCUUACGCUGCUGAGGUGGCAGAGGUUAACAGUCAGUCUGGUGCCGAGCAAGCCAUCCCUACCAGGCUGAAAAAGGUCGAGGAGAAGUACCAGUGCAUCUAGACAGACGAGAACAUUCAGAGAACAUUGCAUGUUUUUUUUUUUAAGUUUUACAUUUACACGUGUAAGGGUGUUUCUGUCGGAAAAUCUACGUAUAAAUCGGUAGUCUGUUUUCUGUUUGUAUAUUCUCAGGAUUUAAAUCUCUGAAUGCUUUGUUUCUAAAAAAAAGUUGGGAGCAUAUUUUCAAUUUUGGAUUUCAUCUACCACACUUCCGUAUUAUCAUGGACAUGCUGAAUCGAGGAGUUUUACUCAAUAACUUUAAAUAUAUCCUGCGUAUUUACACUAAAGUUUAUGUGACUGCCGUGAGGAGUCAAUCUAUAUCCAGUCCAACUGAAUUUCUGCCAUAUCCCAUUAAAAUGUGAUUGUAAACAAACGUUUGAAACUUUCUUGCUUUUCAUCUUAAGGUCCAUAACGUUACCAAUGUGCAUUCUGAUGUGACGUUCCGCCUUGUCAAGGUAAUAUCUGCCGCGACUGAACAGUUCAUUUUAAUUGAUCACCCACCCCCAGCGAAACACUCCUUCUUCAGAUAUUUCAAUUUUCAAAAUUGAAACUGGGAUUUCAAAACUGACACAAUAGUAGACACACUUAAGAAUGCAUGGGCGGCGAUCGCGGGGGGAUACCCCGUCCGCCCAAUAUAUUGACAAGAAAUCAGCGCUCAUGACGCACUAAUCUUGCCUUCCAUGUGUAGCAUCGACGGACCAA